CAACCAGCGACGUGUUUGUGUUGUGUGUUCCGCCGUCAUUUUUCUGCGCCCUUUUCGCGAAUAGUUUCGUUUCGCUUUCAGCUGGAAGAGUGAAACGCGAAACGGUAAAGGCGAACGGCCUACAAGCAACAAGAUGAACUUGUGCAACUCGAGAUUCUCCGUUACAUUCGGACGGCAGUGCUCGACGAUUUUAACGUCUCCUUCUGCUGGCAUUCUACAAAACAAAUGCUCACUGACAACAAAGGUCCCCAAUUGGAUUUCCAGUAGUCUCAGCUGUGUCCAGCAGACGUUCCAGCGAACGAUGAACUCGACGGGACAGCGAGGAUCACGCGACAGCACUGGAGCUCCCGGUGCUGGGGCUUCAGGUGGAUCCGGUGGCGGUGCACCGCCACCCUUCCAGCAUCCACAUUGCGACAGGAACGCGAUGUACGCGCAACCGGUGCGAAAGAUGAGCACCAAAGGAGGAUCUUAUGACUACGACCUUAUUGUGAUUGGAGGCGGAUCAGCUGGCCUGGCCUGCGCCAAGGAGGCGGUGCUCAAUGGAGCCCGUGUGGCCUGUCUGGAUUACGUUAAGCCCACGCCCACUCUGGGCACCAAGUGGGGCGUUGGCGGCACCUGCGUGAACGUGGGCUGCAUUCCCAAGAAGCUGAUGCACCAGGCCUCGCUCCUGGGCGAGGCUGUCCAUGAGGCGGCCGCCUACGGCUGGAACGUGGAUGACAAGAUCAAGCCAGACUGGAACAAGCUGGUGCAGUCCGUACAGAACCACAUUAAGUCCGUCAACUGGGUGACCCGUGUGGAUCUGCGCGACAAGAAAGUGGAGUACAUCAAUGGACUGGGCUCGUUCGUGGACUCGCACACCCUGUUGGCCAAGAUAAAGAGCGGCGAGCGCACAAUCACCGCCCAGACUUUCGUCAUUGCCGUUGGCGGCCGACCACGCUACCCGGAUAUUCCCGGUGCUGUGGAGCACGGCAUCACCAGCGAUGAUCUGUUCAGUUUGGAGCGCGAACCCGGCAAGACCUUGGUGGUGGGAGCUGGCUACAUUGGCUUGGAGUGCGCUGGAUUCCUGAAGGGUCUCGGCUACGAGCCCACUGUGAUGGUGCGUUCUAUUGUGCUGCGUGGCUUUGACCAGCAGAUGGCCGAGCUGGUGGCAGCCUCGAUGGAGGAGCGUGGCAUUCCCUUCCUGCGCAAAUCGGUGCCGCUGUCUGUGGAAAAGCAGGAUGAUGGCAAGCUGCUCGUUAAGUACAAAAACGUGGAGACCGGCGAGGAGGCCGAGGAUGUCUUCGACACCGUUCUGUGGGCCAUCGGCCGCAAGGGUCUGGUCGACGAUCUGAACCUGCCCAAUGCCGGCGUGACUGUGCAGAAGGACAAGAUUCCAGUGGACUCGCAGGAGGCCACCAAUGUGGCGAACAUCUACGCCGUAGGUGACAUCAUCUACGGCAAGCCAGAGCUGACGCCCGUCGCCGUUCUGGCUGGUCGUCUGCUGGCCCGCCGCCUGUACGGCGGAGCUACCCAGCGCAUGGACUAUAAGGAUGUGGCCACCACCGUGUUCACGCCUCUGGAGUACGCCUGCGUCGGUCUGAGCGAGGAGGAUGCCGUCAAGGAGUACGGAGCCGAUGAGAUCGAGGUGUUCCAUGGUUACUACAAGCCCACGGAGUUCUUCAUUCCCCAGAAGAGCGUGCGCUAUUGCUACUUGAAGGCUGUCGCUGAGCGCCAUGGCGACCAGCGCGUCUAUGGACUGCACUACAUUGGCCCAGUGGCCGGUGAGGUGAUCCAGGGAUUCGCUGCCGCCCUAAAGUCUGGCCUGACCAUUAACACGCUCAUCAACACGGUGGGCAUCCAUCCCACGACCGCCGAGGAGUUCACCCGGCUGGCCAUCACCAAGCGCUCCGGACUGGACCCCACGCCGGCCAGCUGCUGCAGCUAAAGCGGGAACGCAGCUCAGCCGCCUGGGACGCGUCGAAGCCGCCUCCUCCACCCGAAUCCACCCGUAGAUGAAUGGUUGUUGUCGCGGCCCAGCGAUCGAAGAGUUCAAUAGUUCCGUUUAGUUUCCACAAUUAACACCCACACAAUAGCUCUGCGCAAGGGAGAGGCACUGGGCAGCGAUGGCGGGUGGAACGACACCAGUGGAACUCCCCGCGCGACCAGCCCAAUCCACGACUGCUGCGCCGCCGACAUGCACUCAAAAUUUUGAAUUUGUUUGAACCUAUGAAAUUAACUAUGAAAUCCCCUAAAUGUACGGUUGAAAAAUAUAAUUUUUCACCAACAAAA